CCAUUUCAUUUUUCAAGUCAUAACUUCUCUCUGUCUUCGCCGCUCUCGGAGAUCAUGUUCAUGGCGUCUCUCUCUUUUUCCUCUCCUUCUCUUUACCGGAAACCUCCUCUCUUUUCUUACUCUCGCUCUUCCUCUCCUUGUCCCCUCCCUUUCCCUCACAAGUUGCGGAGCAAAGUUGAUCAAGGUAUAUGCAGAGCGGAUUUCUCCCGCGACGCUCCCCUCGCCACCGCCAUUGGCUCCUGCAUUCUCAGCUCCUUUCUUUUGCCGGUGGCUAAGCGAGUCGGCGACGAAGAAGAAGACGACAGUUCGGCGAUCGUCUCAACGGACAUGAGAUUGGCCGCCAUGGGAAUCAUCAGCUUCAUCCCUUUCUUCAAUUGGCUGAGUUGGGUUUUCGCUUGGCUUGAUACUGGUAAAAGGCGAUACGCUGUUUAUGCUCUUGUGUAUCUCCUUCCCUAUUUGAGCUCAAAUCUGUCAAUUUCCCCAGAAGAAAGCUGGUUGCCCAUCACAAGCAUUGUCUUGGGCAUAAUUCAUGUUCAGCUUGAAGCAAGCAUUGCAAAUGGCGAUAUAAAGACACUUCAAAUCUUCAAAAACCCUUCUGAAAAUUUUUCGUCAAAGAAAAGGGCCCGAUUUGACAGAAAUCAUGGACAUUUUGAGGAGAAGGAGAAGGAGAAAGACGGCAAGUAGAAUCUUACCAUUUGGUGAUCAAAAUCUCAGAAAUGAGGUUCACCGGCCAAGCAAGCCCUAAACACACAGAAGAUCAGAACAGUAAGAGUUCAUUGGCUCACGUAUCUAUAUUUUAUAGCUACAGAAUUCCCCUGAAAAUGUGGUAAGAAGAGAACAUCUUGUGUUUAUGACUUGGGUACGCUACGCAUCUUGAUGUCUUUACCUUGUACGACUUGGUCUUGGUUAUUGUCUUCAAUGAUCAGUCACGGAUUCGACCCGUGUGUUACUCUCUU